GGUUUUUAAGCAUCACAAAUCUUCGGACCUUUGACGCACAUAUAUACCACACAAGAUUUCAUUUUAACCCCGGGUAGAAAUCCAAGAGAAAUGGACGGAAAGAUUGAUGUUCUCCUAUAUGGAGUUGGAGCAAUUGGCUCUUUUUAUGCCUUUAUCUUGAAUCGAGUUCCGUCCGUUCGGCUAACACUCGUUGCGCGCUCAAAUUACGAAGCUGUGAAAGCCAAUGGCAUCACACUGAACAGUGACAUUCACGGAAAGCAUACAUUCAGACCAUUCAAAGUUGUCAACAACCCCACGGAUGUAGCCGGUCACUACGACUACAUCGUCUGCGUCAACAAGGCCAUCAACCAAGACGCUGUAGCCAAGUCUCUCACUCCCGUUGUUAGUGACACAACAACCAUUGUGCUGAUCCAAAAUGGAGUGGGGAACGAAGAUCCCUUCCGAGCACAAUUUCCAAACUGCUCCAUCCUAAGCUGUGUCACAUGGGUAGGAGCAACCCAAACCUCGCCCGGAAUAGUAACGCACAUAAAAUCAGAAAACACCGAAAUCGGUCUCUUCCCCAACUCCCUUCUCUCCCCAACCCUCGAAGCCACCCGCCUCUCAGACUUCACCGCUCUCCUGAAAGCAGGAAACACCAAAUUCGUAGUAGAACCCAACGUCCAGAUCCGGCGCUGGGAAAAGGUGGUGUGGAACGUAGCCUGGAACGCCAUCACCUCCCUCACGCAGAUCGACACACAGACCUGGCUUCACUCGUCUCCCGACGCUAUUCCCCUCACCAAAGCACUGAUGGAAGAGGUCAUUGAAGUUGCAAGGAAAUCGGGGGUGCCGAUGAGAGAUGGACUUGUUGAUGAAUUGUUUACCAAGAUUCUGGCACUGCCGGGCGUGUAUACUAGUAUGCAGAAAGAUGUCGUUGCGAGGAACCCCCUAGAGAUCGAUGUUAUUCUCGGUGUGCCGGUUAGGAAGGCCAGGGAGCUAGGGGUCAAGAUUCCGGUGCUGGAGGUUAUUUAUACGCUUGUUGCGGCCGUGGAUUAUGGUGUGAGGGAGGGGAAGCUGUUUCCUUAG